UGUAGCUCAGUGUCGUGUCGUUAGGACAGAGACAGGAGAAUGAUCAGACCUACAACAUUCAGCUUAGUGCUACUGCUGUACUGCUCUCUGUCUCACAGUCUCACACAGUUCAACACUGUGACUGGAAGGAUACCUGAUGACCAACAGGAGACGACUUCCUGGAGGUUCAGGAACCUAUCAUCUGUUCCUGAGGGGCUGGACGUGAGGCUGAGGGAGCUGGAUCUGUCCGACAACGUUAUAAGACAUAUAAACAGCCAGAGUCUGGCUCUUCCAUCCCUACUGAGACUGGACCUCAGCUACAACCAGCUGGAGAUCAUAUCUGAAGGGGCUUUCAGAGAUGUGGCCCAGCUUCAAGAGCUGAACUUGGCCAGGAAUGCAUUGAGCCACAAUGUGGACAGUACCAGCCGAGCUCUUGUGUCUCUCCACCGACUGAGGAGGUUGGAUAUCUCUCUGAACGGUCUGGAUGAUGACACGGCGGGACUUUACCUUCGUGACAAAUCAAUUCUAGAACGCCUAGAUCUCACGGGCAACGGUUUGACGCGACUCACGCCCAAGCUGUUUGCAGAGAGCCUGAGCGUGAGAAGCAUUCGCAUCGAGAACAAUCUGAUCACGGCAAUAGAGGAGGGAACGUUUGAACCGUUGAAGAAACUCAAGAUCUUAAAUUUAGCCAGAAAUAAUCUAGUCUACAUCUGUGAUUUUAAACUCCAUCACGUGAAACUGUUGAAUCUUAGCAGGAAUUCCAUAGAGUUCUUUGUCACCCGUGAAGACGGUCACCCAUACGAGCUGGAGAUCUUAGAUCUGAGCUUCAACAACCUCCUCUAUUUCCCCAUGGUCCCCAAGACCAACCGGUUGAGAUACCUCCACCUACAGAGCAACAUGGUGGGGACCUUAGAGACAGACACCUUAAUAUCAGAGGCAGACUCUCUGUACAGAGAACUAACAAGUGAAGAUGAGGUAAAUGAUGCUGUAGACAACAACAACAUAUACUCUAACUGGAAACUGAUGCCGUUAGUUUACAUGGACCUCAGUAGUAACCACUUCAGGUCUCUACCUGUGGAGACUCUGAGCCAUCUGACGUCUUUGGUGACGCUGAACCUCAGCAAGAACUGUCUACAGGACAUCAGCUAUAACACAACGAAGGGAGGCAAUGGCCAUGUUGGAGGCUCCCACCAACCUUCCUUGACCUUUCCGUCUCUACGCUACUUCGACCUGCAGAACAACGGUCUUCGACAACUCUCCACCUUCUUCCUGGAAGCCCUACCAAACAUAGAGACAUUAAACCUGAAGGAGAACUCUGUGAGGCCUUGUGAUCCAAAGGACCAACUGGGACCAUCUGAGACAACGAGAGUUAGUCUUAAUAGUAUGUCCCCUUGUGUUUCCUUCUGGAAUAUCAAAACUCUGAGAAGUCUAGAUCUCCAAGACAACGGGAUCAAAGCACUCCAUCAGAACACAUUUGAAGGAACCCCUUUGGUUUCUCUCAACCUGGCCAGUAAUGUAGAUAUAAUCUUUGAUAUUGGCGCUCUAGAAGGGUUGCAGAGUAGUCUCCAGUCUCUGAGUAUCAGUGGGAACAGCAUGACAACCUCUGCCUUGUCUCUGCCUUGUCUGAAAGCAUUGAGACGACUCAACAUGUCCAACAACAACAUAGACGUCCUCCCAGGCAUCAUCAGCUGUUCUCCUUUGACGGAGCUUGACCUGAGAAAUAACGGGCUAACGUCUAUGAGUGAAUCUGUGGUUGAUCGUUUGUCUCUAUAUCUUGAUGUGUUGUAUGUCAGUGGCAACUCUUUCAACUGCUGUGACACCAAAUGGCUCAAAGCCCUAAACAAAGAGACAGUGAAUAUUCCGGACCUUGACCAUGCUGUGUGCCUCAGUGUCAAUGGUACUCUGUUGACUGGCCUUCUGCCUAACCAUUCACUGCACUGUUCAUUGGAACUUAGCCCAAAGAUAACAGAACCAAACCUUGGGCAAAUAAUAAUAAUAAUUUUGUUUGUGUCGACAGUAUUGAUAACAUUAGUUGUAUUUGUGAAGAAGGUUUGUUGCAACACGGGGUCAUUAAUUGUGUAAUGAUUGUGCAUGUAAAACCAAGA